CCCCGCCCGCCUCACCUGCGGCAGGUGCGCGGCUUUGUGGGGCCGCCCUUGCGCAGUCCAGUGCCGCGGCGCUGAGGAGGAGCGAGGUGAAGGGAAGUGGGGGCGCUUUGGCCCAGGCAGGAUGAAUAACCCUAUACCUUCCAACUUGAAGUCAGAAGCUAAAAAGGCAGCUAAAAUAUUGCGAGAAUUUACUGAAAUAACUUCUAGAAAUGGACCCGAUAAAAUCAUACCUCCUCAUGUAAUAGCUAAGGCCAAAGGCCUUGCAGUUUUGUCUGUUAUCAAAGCUGGAUUUUUGGUGACUGCUCGAGGCGGAAGUGGAAUUGUAUUAGCUCGUCUUCCUAAUGGAACCUGGUCUGCUCCUUCUGCAAUAGGAAUUGCUGGCCUGGGUGGUGGAUUUGAAAUUGGAAUUGAGGUUUCAGACUUAGUAAUCAUACUGAAUCAUGAAAGAGCAGUAGAAGCUUUUGCCAAAGGAGGUAAUCUUACACUUGGAGGAAAUCUUACUGUGGCAAUUGGACCUCUGGGGAGAAACUUAGAAGGGGAUGUUGCCCUGAGAAGUUCUGCGGCUGUGUAUACAUACUGCAAAUCUAGAGGUCUGUUUGCAGGUGUAUCCCUGGAAGGAACCUGUUUAAUAGAAAGGAAAGAAACAAAUCGCAAGUUUUAUGGCCAAGAUAUUCGUGCUAGUGCCAUCUUGCUUGGUGAUGUGCCUUUUCCUGCACAAGCAGAAGAUCUUUAUGAAACUCUAGCAUCCUUCACUGAAGUAUAUGAAAAUGAAGAGCAAAAAAAUAAUCCAGGGAAAACUGUAAGGGAACAAAGAAGGGUAAAUGACCCCCCUGCUAGACCAUCGUUGAGACCUGAACCACCUAAACCCACUGUUAGACCAACACCACCAGCUAAAAAGAAUACAAACAAACUUUAUCCUGAGCUUCCAAAUGAUUAUGCCUCUGUGGGUAACUCUUGGAGUAAGCCGGUAGAAGUGACAGCACUUUAUUCAUUCGAAGGACAACAGCCAGGUGACUUGACUUUCAAAGCUGGAGACAAAAUCAUGGUCACAACCAAAACAGAUUCCCAGUUUGAUUGGUGGGAAGGUAGAGUAGGAGGACAAACUGGCAUCUUUCCAGCCAAUUAUGUUGCCAUAAGUAACAACUGAGUUCAUAUAAAAGAAAAUGUUGAAGCAGUAGUAUAUUUACAGUGAAAAAUAUAUUUUAACUUUUCAGAUCUUGUUAAAAUGAGAUUCUUGGUCAAGACUAUUCUAACAUAAAGUUGAAAUGCAUCAAAUGACCUUAACUCUCCUCUAAAUUCAUUUCUUAAAUAAACAGUAAUUGAUAAUCCAUUUAUGAGAAAGUUUUAGUUUUUAGCAAGUUGCUGUAUAAAUCUACUCCAGUUUGUGUCUUGUUUCAAUUCUGCCUUGCUAUAUGGAUUUAUUUUUCACAUGAGGGAAAAAUUAUGAACAAUUUCAAACUAAACAUAAAUACUAAUUUAUUAAAUUAUAAUUUAUGGUCUCUAAUAAAUGCUCUCAAUUUUGCUUCAAA